UGUGCCUCUAAUUAUAUAAUUAAUUUAACUACAUAAAAUCAAUUAGUACUUUUAGUGGCACAUUCUAAUUUUUUUUGAAACUACCAGUUUUAGAGGCAAUUGUGAGCUGCUUGCUGGAGGGCGGGAGUUUGAGCGCUCUUUUUUGUUUUGGGCUUGGACUCGAGAUUUUGAAUUUUUUGCUUUUGAUUAAGAGUCCUUUUUUUGUGAGAAGAUUAAGAGUCUGUGACUCACACAGAAAGGUAAUUUCCCUCUUUGAUCGAAUAAAAAAAGGAGAAAGUUGAUUACUUUACUUCGUAGAAUGAGGCAGCUUUACUCUCAUUGGAAGCUAAUUUCCCCCUUUCCGCCUUUCGAUCAUCCGCUCUAAACAAACAUACCACUCUUGGUCGCUUCCCUCCUCCGCUACCAAACACCCUUAACUAGAUCUACAACCCCUCUUUUCAUCCCACUCUGUCUCCAUCUCUGUCCCGAUCUCUUCUCUUCUGGAAAGGAACCCCAACCAGAUCCAUGCCCACCCUCCCCUUCGGCUCCCACAAUCUUCCUUCAUCCAAUCUCAUCCCUUCCGAAAGAAAGCGACACAGCGAUGAAGACGAAGUCGUUCAACACCGUGUUACAUCGGCGGUGAAGAGCGUUCCUUCUGGAGGCGUUCACUCGCAAAUUGAAUCAUCUGCAGGGGAGGGGAACUUCUUUGAUGCGAUUUUACCUUAUUGGAUUUGAUUAAUGAUUUUACUUAUCGUUAGAUUAUUCUUUAAUCAUCGUUGUGCUCGUUAAUCCAUGGUUCUUGUCUGGAAAUUGCAUCCAUUCCUUCCAGUCUUGUUAGAGCCUCGGAGUUCCUGCACAAAACUCUUUUUUUUCCUACAGUCCCCGGAUGCCAGCCAGGGUUGAAGAAGAUCCACAGUAUUUCAAUUCAGUAGAUUGUGGAUUGAUUUACUGCUUCGAUUUGGUGGUGGGAAGAGGGAAACUCACUGUUACCCUGGAGAUAAACAAAAAAGCAUCACCGGAUGGCCUGCUUCUUGCUAUUGCUAGCACUAAGGGCACUUUGAACAGAAUUUCCCACACAUGGAUGGCACUUGGCUACAAGAGGUACGAAGAGGAGUCGAUCGAGUUGAAAUUUAUGAUCUUGCUAGAAAGUCAAGUCUAGGAUGCACAAGGAGUUGGAAUACUUCGAGAAUUAAUUAGAGAGUUGAAUUCUCUUUUGCAGCUAUGUACAGCAGUGCAGCUCUUCAUGACUACUUAUUUCCUCUUGAUUUAGCUGCUGAUAUUUGCCCCAAUGAAAUGUUAAGCGGCAU